AUGGUUUCUCCACGGACACUAUUCACGGCCAGCCGCGUGCAAACAUGGACCUACCUGCUUGGCGUGUGUCCAUUCUCGAUCGCAUUCCUGGUCUUCAUCAACUCGUCCAUCUCAUUUGUCGUCACGGAAUUAAUUGGACUCCGUAAUGGAGAAGGUGAUGCGGUCGGAACCUUGGGCUUUGCCGACGAACUGCUGGCCCUGGUUGCCUGCCCCUUGUGGGGAGUGCUGUCGGAUCGCAUCGGCGUCCGUCAUGUCUGCACUACCGGCUAUGCUAUCGUGGCUCUUGCCUUGGUACUCUUCGUCCAGGCAAAAAAUGUCUACCCCCAGUUACUCCUGGGAAGACUGUUGUUCAGUCUUGGAGGCGCCGCAGUAUCAACGAUGGUCACGGCGGUUCUUCCAGCCGUAGCCGGCUCACACUCGUCGUCACAGCAUAAAUCUACAUCAGACUCUCGGACGAGUACGAGCUCAUCCUCCCGACUGGCUGGAUUUGUAGGCAUGUGUGCCGGAUGUGGUGCGCUCGUUGCUCUCGUUGUCUUCCUCCCCCUUCCAGCUCGGUUCCAGCAAUGGGGUCUCUCACCAGCAGAAGCUAUCCAGCGCAGCUACUAUCUCGUGGCUGCGGUAUCUCUAGUUAUCAGUAUCCUCUGUUUCUUUGGGCUGAGGAACCUCCCCGGAGAAGAGGGCAAAUCAUGGAGCGUGUUAUGGUCCGCACGCCGGCGCGGGACGCCGGAUAGCGGCGAGGCGUGUUCGUAUGCUCGCAAAUUCCAGUUGCCUUAUCUCGAGCAGCUGGGCAUUGCGUUCGCCUUGGGGUUCCGGAAUUCAGAUAUAUUUCUGGGUUACUUGGGCGGUUUCGUGGCGCGUGCGUCGUCCGUGGGGAUCUCGCUGUUCAUCCCGCUCGCUGUUAACCACUAUUAUCGCAUGUCGGGGCUGUGCGGGAGCCAAGAUGGCGAGGCUGAGAACCCUGGCGACUUAAAGAAAUCAUGCCAUAAAGCCUACGUGCUCGCUUCGAUUUUAACAGGGGUCUCUCAGCUAGUCGCGCUGCUUGCAGCGCCAGCCUUCGGCUAUCUGUCGGAGCGAUCGCGGCGCCGUCACGUGCCGCUUUUGGCAGCUUGCUUUGCAGGCUUUGUGGGCUAUACCACCUUUGCCUUGCUACCGAGUCCGGAAUUCAAUGGGGAGUAUGGCAGCCCCGGUGUAUUUGUAGUGANGGGCCUGGUUGGUAUCAGCCAGAUUGGAGCGAUUGUCUGCAGUUUAUCAGUACUGAGCAGCGGCAUUCUCAGUUUGAGCGAGGUAGGUAGGAUGGACGACCAGUUAUGGAGUACCCCGAGUGAACCCAGCGAGGAUGAGGGUGAGGAUGAGGAUGAAAAUGAGAACAACAAUGAGAACAACCCAGUCGACGACGAGGAAGAGGAGCACGGAGAAGACCGACCUCUCAUGACCCAUCGUCCCGGCCGGAAAGAGCGGCACCUUUCGCACUUGAAGGGAUCAAUUGCUGGGGUGUAUUCCCUGUACGGUGGAGCGGGUAUCCUGCUCUUGACCAAGCUGGGUGGGCUCUUGUUCGAUGUGCUGUCGUCGGGAGCACCGUUCUACAUCAUGGCUGGGUUCAAUGGGGCAUUGCUGCUGGCAGGCCUGGUGAGUGGAUUCAUUGGGCACUCAAGAUCCGCUGGACCAGCUGGGUUCGGUGUGUAG